UCUCUCUUCUCUCUCUCUCCCAUUCCCAUUUCCCAUCUCCUUCUCCCCGCCGGAAUACUCCGCCGCCGACGAUGCCGCCGCCGCCGCGCCGCGGCGGCGCGGCCCUCCUCCGCUGCCUCCCCUCCUCUCCCUUCCUCCUCCCUCUCUCUCCUGCCACAUCGCCAUUAUCACCCUACACCUUCUCCUCCGCUCCUCAACGAUCCCACCUUCCCCAUCGCACAACCCUCUCCUCCCCUCCUCUCCAAACCCCACCUCCCAAUUCCCCGACCCAACCAUUUCCAAUCCCCAUUCCCCUCCUCUUCCGCCUCCACAAGAUGUGUCGCCUCAUCUCCGACGCCUACGAGGACGGCGACCGAGCGCCUUCGAUCCCUCCAAACCAAUGUGACCCCCGAAGAAGCGGUUUCCGUCGCCUCUCUCCUCGUCUGAGAACGAAGGUCAGCGAUGGCCAUGAGCUUCUUCCACUGGGCGAAUUCUCCCCCCAGUUUAGGUAUUUGAUGAGGUUCUACAUCACCACCGCGAUUUGUUUGACCAACAGGGGCAAUUUGGAGAAGGCCCAGGAGGUGAUGAGGUGCAUGGCGAAGAGCUUCUCGGAGAUCGGGAGGUUGCAGGAGGCCGUAGAGAUGGUUUUCGAGAUGAGGAGCAAUGGCUUACCAUUUAGUGUCCACACCAUGAAUUGCGUUCUUAGGGUUGCUGUUGAAUUGGAUGAUGUAGGGUAUGCUCGGAAGCUGUUCGACGAAAUGUCUCUUAAUGGAGUCUAUCCCGAUUCGUGUGGUUUUAAGACUAUGAUCUCCGGUUAUUGUAGAGGAGGCCGCACGGAUGAGAUUGAGAAGUUGUUUAAGGCGAUGGAAGAGAGAGGCUUUUGCAUCGACAAUUCGACGUGCACUUUGAUGCUGAAUGUGUUUGCCAAGAAGGGUUUGUUUAAUAAAGCGGUCAGUGUUUUUAGGAAGAUGUGUGAUAUGGGUUUGUCACCGAAUGUGAUUAAUUACACCGCUCUUAUCGAUGGAUUGUGCAAGAAGGGCAGUGUGAAGCAAGCGUUCCAGGUGCUCGAGGAAAUGGUCGAACGAGGGAUAAAGCCGAAUGUUUAUACGCAUACCACAUUGAUCGGUGGAUUAUGUAAGAUCGGAUGGACGGAAAGGGCUUUUAGGCUUUUUCUGAAGCUCGUGAGAAGCGAUUCUUAUAAGCCGAACGUUAAUACCUACACUGCUAUGAUCGGAGGGUAUUGUAGGGAGGGUAAGGUUUCUCGAGCUGAGAUGUUGCUGGCGAGGAUGCGUGAACAAGGGUUGGUCCCGAAUACGCACACUUACACUACUCUUAUUGACGGGCAUUGUAAAGAGGGAAAUUUGGACCGGGCGUUUGCGUUGCUCGAAAUUAUGAAAAGAGAAGGCUUUCUCCCUAAUGUUUGUACAUAUAAUGUACUGAUUAAUGGGUUGUGCAAGAAAGGAAGGGUUGAUAAAGCUUACAGGUUGCUUCAAAUGUGCUCAAUAGAAGGUUUGCGACUUGAUAAAUUUACUUAUACUACACUCAUUAGUGAGCAUUGUAAAAAGGGUCAAAUGUCACAUGCCCUGCAAUUAUUUGAUCAAAUGUCGCAAUCCGGUUGCGACCCUGACGUCAAGACGUAUACCACUCUAAUUACUGCAUAUAGUAGGCAGAAGAAAAUGGAGGAGUGUGAGAAAUUAUUGGAGAAGUGUCUUAAAAUGGAGUUAGCACUGACAAAACAAACAUAUACGUCAAUGAUAGGGGGAUACUGUAAAAUUGGGAGAUCGAGUUCGGCUUUGAGGGUCUUCGAGAAGAUGAUGAAAGAUGGAUGUGUUGCUGAUGCUGUAACAUACGGUGCUCUUAUAAGUGGGCUUUGCAAAGAGUCAAGACUUGAGGAGGCACGAGCUUUCUACGAGGGCAUGCUAGAUAAGGGUUUAGUUCCAUGUGAAGUGACUCGAAUUACACUAGCGUUCGAGUAUUGCAAGAGAGAGAAGGCGAGCGCUGCUAUGUCUAUGUUGCAGAAGCUAGAGAAGAAGCAAAAAGCUCGCACCAGUAAUAUACUUGUUAGAAAGUUAAGUUGCGAAGGAAAAGUCGAGAUAGCAUACUUGUUCAUUAAUAAAUUGUUGAGUGAAGAUUGUGUUGUUGACCGCGUAACUUAUAUUGCAUUUGUCAAUGGAUGCUAUGAGAACAAUAGAUAUUCCCUUGCUUCCGAACUAUCGGAGAAGAUUUCAAAAGGAGCUAAUUUUGAUACAAAGGAAAAUACACCCAUUACUUGAUGUGAUUGGAUUGUUAUUGCUACAAUAAGCAAGACCUCAUAAGAGCUUCGUUUUCGAGAUAAUGGUUUCAAGGUGGCUUUGAUACUUCUGCUACAUGCAUCUCUUAUCUGUCGUAACAACCAGAGCGGAUCGUUGUACUCUACUACUACACAUGAAGGUUGCUUAUGGAUCUGAAGCAUGUAGACAGUUUUUCUUUCAUGAGGGUUCUCUUUACACCGCCCUAGUCGAAGCCAUCUGCUCUCAUGCCCUAUAACUUCGAACUAGCCCUGGAUCUUCUUGCGAGUCAUUCCCAGUAUGUCAAAUGUCCAGAAGCUCUUCCUGGCCUUCGAAGUGUUAGUCUAGCAGACUCGGUGCUCCUCCACGAGUUCCAUUUUCGGCCGCAAAGCCGGGCACCAGGCUUCUUGAGGCACGUCCUGUUUCCUAUUUGACAGCAGCAGCUAUGAAAUAGAAUUUGGGCACCCAAUUAUGAAGGCGCACCCGAUUCUAUCCCGAAUGUUUCUGCCUGAGGUAAAGCAGGCGCCCGGUUUCACAAUGGACGCAGGGCGCCCAGUUCGGAGAGCCCGCCUGUUCUGGAGACCUAGUUACUGCCAGAGGAAAAAUGAGUGCACGGUUUGAAACCGAGUAUUUGGUUGUCAUAAAGCGAACCAGCGAAAAGCAGGCGGCUGGUUUAGACGGCUCUGCCGAUGGUUUCUGACACAAGCCGUAAUCUUCAACGGCUAUAAAACGAAUGAUUAGACAGUUUCUCUCUCAAUUCUGGGCGCAUUCGGAAUACCGAGCACCCGGUUUCUGGUGUUGCGUCUGGUUCUGAUGAAAACAGUACAGUAGUUAUAUUUUCUGUUAUGCUAUGUACCUAUGGAUUUGUCCCUUAGAAUUCACCUUUUUGGAGCUUGAAAA